CCCAGUCGAUACAGCUCUGACGUCAAUGCGUUUAUGGGCAUGCAUACAAGGAUUGAAAAAUAAACAAAGACCAAAAGCGGCUGAUUGAUCAUUAAGCUGCCAUAAACAUAACUUAAAAUACUUUUAGGCCAUUUUUUUUUAAAAAGCUACUACAAACACCCAGCAUCUGAAUCAAGACGUCCCUACGGCCAUGGAAAACGCAUUGUUGAUGCGAGUGAGUGUUUUCUCCGACCAGGGAGACAGAAAAUACAUGGAGGACGUUACCGAGGUUGUAGUGGAGCCCGAGUCGAGGGAAGACGAGCUGAUCUCGGAAGAACAAGAUGAGACCAAAGGAGAUAGCUCGACGGUCGACAUUGUGCCUGAAAACGAGCAGCCUGGUCGGACUGUACACAACGAGCCUCUGUCUGCCUCCACUACAGUUGCAUGGACACAAAAUGUACAAAAUGGGGACCAAAGUUGUGCUGCAGUUGCACUGGCAGUUUCGACCGUGGAGAGUUCACCGGCGGAGAGCGAUAACCGGCCCCAGCGCUCCGUGGCUUUCUUCGCGGUGUUUGAUGGCCACGGAGGCCGAGAGGCAGCGCAGUUUGCACGGGACUAUUUGUGGGAGUUCAUCAAGAAACAGCGGGGCUUUUGGUCCAUGGAUGACGAGGAAGUGUGUGCAGCUAUUCGGAAAGGUUUCGUUGCCUGCCACCAUGCCAUGUGGAAAAAGCUGCCCGAAUGGCCCAAAACUCUCACAGGGCUUCCCAGCACCUCAGGCACCACGGCCAGUGUAGUGGUCAUCCGGGGGAACAGAAUGUACGUGGCCCACGUAGGAGACUCUGCCAUAGUGCUGGGGGUCCAGGAUGACCUCACAGACCAGUUCAUCAAGGCCGUGGAGGUUACACAGGACCACAAGCCCGAGCUGCCCAAGGAGAGGGAACGCAUCGAAGGCCUGGGGGGCAGUGUGAUAAAGAAGUCUGGUGUGAACAGGGUGGUUUGGAAGAGGCCCAGGUUAACUCAUAACGGUCCCGUCCGGAGGAGCACCGUCAUCGACCAGAUCCCUUUCCUGGCAGUGGCCAGGGCUCUGGGGGACCUGUGGAGCUAUGACUUCUACAGCGGAGAGUUUGUUGUGUCCCCGGAGCCAGACACCUGUGUUCUGACCCUUGACCCCCAUAAACACCGUUACAUUAUCCUGGGCAGUGACGGGCUGUGGAACAUGGUGCCCCCCCAGGACGCCGUCUCCAUGUGCCAGGACAACGAUGAGGCCAUGGCGCCGUGCGGGGUGUCCAGCGCUCGCCAGCUGGUGAGCCACGCCCUCCUGCGGUGGCGCCAGAGGAUGCUGCGUGCGGACAACACGUCGGCCAUCGUGAUCGCCCUGCAGGAGCCGGGUGUCCCUCAGGAACCCCUCCACCACGAGGAGGUGCUGCUGAACCUGGCCGAGGGACAACACUGUGGCCCCACAUCGGACUCCCGCUCCAACACGCCACUCGUCAAGGUUCCAGACAUGGACAUGUCGUCUGCCGUGUGUGAGCUCCUUCCGACCCUGGAGCGAGGACACGGCCUAUCAGGGAGCAGCCUGUACGUCCUGGCCCUAUCAGAUCCCUUUGACCCGCCCCUCUCAGACUCUGAUGACUCCCGCACCGGUUUCCCCCUGACGGGGGAGGAGCUUAGUGAUGUCACCGCCAGGACGCCCGGCGGCAAACGGACUCUAGAUGAUGACACGUCACCCAACCCAGUCCCGUCCACCAAGAGGAACCGGAGGAAGAAUGGCGAGGGAACAAUGGCGGGGCCAAAAGGAGGUGGAGGAAAGGACCAGAAACAGUCUCUGACUCCGCCCCCCACCAACGUUUCCCCCACGCUCUUCCAGCAGCAACACGGCAAGGCCACCGUGUGUGUGUGCUGAGAGACACACACACACACACAAUAGACGGACUAACAGGGACACAAGACAGACAAUAACAUUCUGCCUUUUCCACAACCUUUAACAAACGACUCUGACUGACUGAGAGACCAGAGUCACUUUCAGGAUCGUUAUUGCUCUGUUUGGUGACACCUACGAGUCACAUUGAUGGAUUACAUAUUGGUAUUGUGUUCUGCACUCUCUCUUCACUUGUCCUCUGUUAUCUUUUGUCUUACUCUGUUCCCUGGGAUGGUGGGAGAAUGAUUUUAAGUGGUGGUCUGUCAUGUAAAUCAUUUUUAAACCCCGUAAGUAACUCUGUGAUGCAAAGAAAAGUUAACAUUUUCACAACGGCUCAUGUAAACACACACAAAAGUUUUUUUCUCUCCAAAUUAAUUAUUUAUUUAUUUUAUUUAUUAAACAUUUGGGUGAUGGUUAACGUGUGAACGACCAGAAAGGCACAAGAUCUCUCACACUCAUGAUGUCGUGACUAAAUCUUUAUUUAUUUUUUUGAGGUUUGGUGCUGUUUUGGGGACAGAAAAAUCACCCAAAGUAUGAAUUUAUUCAUUCUGUAAAUAUUCUGCAAACCUUGACAUGGGGUUCAUUAAUAAAUACGUGUUACUUACUUUUAGGUAAAGCAAUAUAUUUUUUUUAUACACUAUUGUAGAAGCUAUAGACGAGGAUAGCCUACCAUUUUUAGAUUUUCAAAUCAAUAUAUUCCCACCAUUUCCUAAAUUCACUUCGUCUUGAUAUUCCCUCAUAUCAUUCAAUCCUCCUAUCCUUUAUGGUUUACUAGGCCCAUCCUGGUUUUAAAUUAGAUUUAAAUGUUGUUUUUCAUUCCAUUGUGUGUUCUGUUAUUUCUUCACAUAUUGUAAUGAGAUCAUCCCAAACUGAAAGGUGCCGUUACAGUUUAAACCAGUGAACUAAUUAACCUAUAAUAAAUGUAAUUAGUUUGACAAGGUGAACUGUAUGAUAUAGUCAGUCACAGGAUGUUGCUGUUCCCACUGUCAGAUGAGCUCACAUGACACCUUGUGGUCAUUACCUGUAACUGCAACGCUUCGCCUAUUUAUUUUAUUUUCCUUUUUACUGAACCCCCCACAACAACAACAACAACAACAACGAACUGUUGGCAAUUUAAAUGCUCCAGUUUAGUCUAUGGGUUAUGUUGUCUGCAGUGGUCUUUGAGAAAAUGGCUGUGGUAAACUAGCUAGUUGUCAAUAUACAUUUGUUUUGUUUUUUAGUUUUUAGAAUACUGGGGGAGAGGGUCUUUUAUUUGCUUCUCAAGUUGAUUGACUUGAACUAGGAUUGCUAGUUAGAUAUACGCGACUCGUUGACAUCUUUUAAGUGAUUAUCAAUGUUUUAUUUAAGAAGCAGUCAGAUGCUUCAUCUUAAUUUACUUACAUGAAUAUGACUAAUGUUUUUUAUUUUACCUUUAUUACCUUACCUUACCUUUAAGAAUUUGUUCUUAACUGACUUGCCUGGUUAAAUAAAGGUAAAAAAAAGAAAAUAAAAAAAUUUAACAAGGCAAGUCAGGGGCAGAACAAAUUCUUAUUUUCAAUGACGGCCUGGGAACAGUGGGUUAACUGCCUUGUUCAGGGGCAGAACGACAGAUUUGUACCUUGUCAGCUCGGGGGGUUUGAACUUGCAAUCCUUCCGGUUACUAGUCCAACGCUCUAACCACUACGCUACCCUGCAGCAUUGUUUUAUUAUUUGACCUGUAGUCCUCACAGAGCUGUUGCUGUGGUUACAAGGCAUCAGACUUUUGACAGUACGAGUGUUUUUAACAAAGGUCUACCGACUGCCACGUUUGCUUCAUGACAAGCUCUCGUUAAAUUAUUAAUCAUUUUCUGCAUGUAGUUUGAGUUUUUCUAGAUUAAAGUGCAAUUUUAACUGGCCGAUUUUUGUUUUUCUUUUCCUGUAUUUGUGUUAGUUUUUUUGUGUUUUUUUUUAUUACUCUUUUGUUGGAUUUAAUAUUUUAAAUGUUUUAAGGUGAAGAGAUACUGGUGUGUCAUUCUGCCAGAACAUAUCUGUUACUUUGUUUGUGAUGGUUUUGUGCAUAAUGUUUUUAGGAAUAGUAUUGGUUUUGCGUCCCAAAAUAUUCCAGAAGUAGUGCACUACUUAGCUACACACAAUACUCCAUAAUGACAAAGCAAAAACAGGUUUUAGACAUUUUUUGCUAAUUUAUUAAAAAAUAAAAAACUGAAAUCACA